CUGAUCGUCUUCGUGGGCGGAAACUAAAAAGGAAGAAAAUAUUGUAAAAUCCGGAUUAUGGAAUGGAGCACACGACAGAAUCCCCUUCCUUUCUCCGAUCAAUCUGACUGAGCAACCCAAAAAUCAAAAUCAAAAUCGCAAAAACCCAAAACCCUAACGGCCUAAUCCCCGCCGCCUCCGCUGCCGCGGCUCCUCAUCCCCUCCUCCGCCGCCCGCUGCUGCUCCUGCUACGGCGGCCGUCUCAUCCUACUCCCGCCGCCGCAAGUUGUGCUGCUCUCUGCUCUCCGGCGCCCUUCCCUGCCGAGUGCGGACAGAACGUACACUUGCUUCCCGUCAGCAGCCACACUCGCUAUUCCAAGGAGCAACAGCUGUUCCCUUGUUCGAGAUUACUGCUCAGCUUGAAGCCAUGGGAGGGAAAAAUGAGAGCUCAUCGGCUACAUUGGAGUUGUUUUUGAAGAUUGGGCUGGAUGAGAGAACUGCUAAGAACACUGUAGCAAACAACAAGGUUACCACCAAUCUUACUGCCGUCAUUCACGAGGCUGGUGUAAUUGAGGGAUGCAACCGAACAGUUGGAAAUCUUCUUUACUCAGUAGCCACGAAGUACCCUGCCAACGCCCUUGCACAUCGCCCUGUAUUGUUGGAAUAUAUUGUCUCAUCCAAGAUCAAGACCCCAGCCCAGCUAGAAGCUGCAUUUUCUUUUCUGUCUAAUACUGCUUCUGAAAGUCUUCAUGUGAAGGAGUUUGAAGAAGCAUGUGGAGUAGGAAUUGAGGUAUCUGUUGAAGAUAUUGAAAAGACUGUCAGCGAGAUAUUCGAGCUUAAUAAGGAGUCCAUUUUGGCCAUGCGAUAUCGAACAAAUGUGGGUGACAUAUUUGCUAACAUUCGCAAGAGGCUUCCAUGGGCUGACCCAAAAAUUGUGAAGCAACUUGUAGAUGCAAAAUUGUAUGAAUUGCUCGGUGAGAGAACAGCGGCAGAUAAUGAGAAGCCUACUAAACAGAAAAAAGAAAAACCUGCUAAAGUUGAGGAAAAGAAGGUUGCUGUUGAAACUACAGUGCAGCCCUCCGAAGAAGAACUUAAUCCAUUUUUAAAUUUUCCCGAUCCAAAGGAAAAUUUCAAGGUUCACACAGAAAUAUUCUUCAGUGAUCGUCCUGUUCUAAGGUGCUGCAACAGCAAGGAAAUGUUAGAUAAGCACCUGAUGGUAACAGGUGGUAAAGUUUAUAGCCGUUUUCCACCAGAGCCAAAUGGUUAUCUACACAUUGGUCAUGCUAAGGCAAUGUUUGUUAGCUUUGGCCUAGCGAGAGAAAGAGAUGGAUGCUGCUACCUUAGGUUCGAUGAUACCAACCCAGAAGCCGAGAAGAAAGAGUACAUUGAUCAUAUACAGGAGAUUGUCAGCUGGCUGGGCUGGAAGCCCUUCAAGAUAACAUACACAAGUGAUUAUUUUCAAGAGCUCUAUGAGUUGGCUGUUGAACUGAUAAGGAGGGGUCAUGCAUACGUUGAUCAUCAGACUGCAGAGGAGAUUAAAGAGUACAGGGAAAAGAAGAUGAACAGUCCUUGGAGGGAUAGACCAAUCUCAGAAUCUCUGAGGCUCUUUGAUGAAAUGAAGCGAGGAAUGAUUGAAGAAGGCAAAGCGACACUCAGGAUGAAGCAAGACAUGCAGAGUGAUAAUUUUAAUAUGUAUGACCUCAUUGCUUACCGAAUCAAGUUCACUCCUCAUCCACAUGCAGGAGACAAGUGGUGCAUAUAUCCUAGUUACGAUUAUGCUCACUGUAUUGUGGAUUCUCUCGAAAAUAUCACCCAUUCGCUCUGUACACUGGAAUUUGAGACCAGACGGGCUUCCUAUUACUGGUUGUUGCAUUCCCUUGACCUUUAUCAACCUUAUGUGUGGGAAUACUCGAGGCUGAAUGUCACCAACACAGUGAUGUCAAAGCGCAAGUUGAAUUUCUUAGUUACAAAUAAGCAUGUUGAUGGUUGGGAUGACCCCCGCCUCAUGACGUUGGCUGGUCUAAGGCGCAGAGGAGUUACAUCAUCGGCAAUUAAUACUUUUGUCCGAGGAAUUGGAAUAACAAGAAGUGACAAUAGUAUGAUUCGUAUGGAUCGCCUUGAGUAUCACAUAAGGGAAGAACUAAAUAAGACUGCUGCUCGCGCAAUGGUUGUGCUGAAUCCUCUGAAGGUGGUCAUCACCAACUUUGACUCUGCUUCUGUUAUGGAUCUAGAAGCGAAGAAAUGGCCUGAUGCUCAGACAGAAGAUUCUUCUGCAUUUUACAAGGUUCCGUUUUCAAAUGUUGUGUACAUUGAACAAUCUGAUUUCCGGAUGAAAGAUUCCAAGGAUUACUAUGGGCUUGCUCCUGGAAAAUCGGUCCUUCUCAGAUAUGCUUUCCCCAUAAAGUGUACAGAUGUAGUUUUGGCAGAUGAUAACCAGACUAUUGUUGAGAUCCGAGCUGAAUAUGAUCCCUCCAAGAAAACAAAGCCAAAGGGAGUUCUGCACUGGGUUUGUGAACCUUCACCUGGGGUGGAGCCACUGAAAGCGGAAGUCAGAUUGUUUGAGAAACUGUUCAGUUCCGAGAAUCCUGCUGAACUUCAUGAUUGGCUUGCCGAUUUGAACCCAAACUCCAAGAAGGUUGUGACUGGUGCAUAUGCUGUCCCAGUGCUCAAAAGUGCUGCCGUUGGAGAUAGAUUCCAGUUUGAAAGACUCGGCUACUUCGCAGUUGAUAAGGACUCUACCCCAGAUAAUCUUGUGUUUAAUCGGAUCGUGACACUGCGAGACAGCUAUGGCAAAGUUGGUAAGUAGACAAUUUUCCCAAGGCGUGCAAGCUAUAGCUGCGCGGCAGAGAUGAUUAGCUGCUUGUCAAGUCGAGUUCUUCUGUUUAUUGCAGAGUUUGUUUCCCCUGUUUUAUACGUACACAUCUUACCUUAGUUAGCAGGGUAGCACAAAACUAUCUGUACAUCUUUUACAUAUAUGGGUAGUUUUGGUGGAGGCUUUCGUACUAGUUCUGCGUUUUUAACUACUGCAAUCGAAUCCGGCGAUGGCUGUGCAAUGUAAAACCACAUUUUGGGUUAUAUUCCACCAUCUAAAUGACUCUGUAACUCGAUCAACUCGAUUGAUUCAGAUCAGACUCUUGUAUGGUUGAAGUCGUCUAACUUUGAUAUUAAGUCAAGAGUCACCCUGGU